AUGACCACAUCUUUUUCUUCUCCGGAAACCAUUUCCUUCUUCCUCCUCCUCCUCCUCCUCUGUUCCCACCAUGUCAAUUCCCACCUCUACGAACAAGAACACUCUGUUCUUCUCCGACUCAACCACUUCUGGCACAACCAACCGCCGCUUCACCAUUGGCGCUCCUCCAAUGCUUCUCAUUGUACAUGGCCGGAGGUUCAGUGUACUAACAAUUCCGUCACUGCUCUUCUUUUCCCUUCCUAUAAUUUGAACGGAACCUUCCCCCCUUUCAUUUGCGACCUCAAAAAUCUCACCUUUAUUGAUCUUCAGUACAAUUUCAUCACCGGCGGCUUUCCGACCACGCUUUACAAUUGCUCGAACCUUAAUUACCUCGACCUCUCACAGAAUUACUUUGUCGGUUCGAUUCCUGAUGACAUCGACCGCUUGUCUCGUCUCCAGUUUCUUAACCUUGGCGCAAACAACUUCUCCGGUGACAUUCCGACAGCCGUUUCUCGGUUGUCGGAACUCCGGUACCUUCAUCUUUUUAUGAAUCAAUUCAAUGGGACUUACCCAUCUGAAAUCGGCAACUUAUCGAAUCUGGAAGAGUUGCUGUUGGCUUAUAAUUCAAAUCUGCUACCAGCUGAAUUGCCUCCCAGUUUCGCCCAGUUGAAGAAAUUGACGUUUUUGUGGAUGGCAAAAUCAAACGUUAACGGUGAAAUUCCAGAAUGGAUCGGAAACUUGACCGCCCUUGAGCGAUUGGAUUUGUCGAAGAAUCAUUUGAUUGGGGAAAUUCCUAGCAGUUUGUUUACAUUGAAGAAUCUCAGCAUCGUUUAUCUCUACAAGAACAAUCUAUCAGGUAAAAUUCCACAGCGGAUUGAUUCCAAGAAAAUCACCGAAUACGACCUGUCGGAAAAUAACCUGACCGGAAGAAUUCCGGCGGAUAUCGGCGAACUACAGGAACUAACGGCUCUGCUUCUGUGUUUAAAUCAGUUAAGUGGAGAAAUCCCAGAAAGCAUCGGUCGUCUUCCAUUAUUAACAGAUGUCAGAUUAUUCAGCAACAAUUUAAACGGUACAUUACCGCCAGAUUUCGGGCGAAAUUCGAUCCUCGAAAGUUUUCAGGUGAGUUCAAAUAAGCUCACCGGAAACUUGCCGGAACACCUCUGCUCCGGCGGUAAGCUCAAAGGAGUGAUUGCUUACGACAAUAAUCUUAGUGGGGAAUUACCAGAAUCUCUUGGGAGUUGCGAUAGCUUAUUCAUUAUUGAUGUUCAUAAGAACAACUUCUCCGGGAAAAUUCCGGUCGGUUUAUGGACGUCUCUGAAUUUAACAUUGGUAAUGAUGAACGACAAUUCUUUCAUGGAUGAACUCCCUAGGAGAAUCUCCAAGAAUCUCGCGAGAUUACAAAUAGGUAACAACAAAUUUUCAGGGAAAAUCCCAUCGGAGUUAUCUUCAUUUUGGAAUUUGACUGAAUUUGAAGCAAGCAAUAAUCGAUUGACAGGACGAAUUCCUGAAGAACUCACUGCCCUUUCAAAGAUGAACAAGCUAUUGCUCGAUGGAAAUCAACUCACCGGGGAGCUUCCAUGGAACAUCAUUUCAUGGAAAUCAUUGCACAGCCUUAAACUCAGUCGAAAUCAUCUCUCUGGUAAAAUUCCAAACGAAUUUUGCAAUUUACCAAGCCUUAAUGAUCUUGAUCUAUCAGAGAAUCGACUUUCCGGAACAAUUCCGAUUGAACUGGGAAAUUUGAACUUGAAUUUCCUCAACCUCUCAUCAAAUUUUCUGUCUGGGAAAAUCCCGCCUGCAUUUGGAAAUGAAAUCUAUGCAAGAAGCUUUUUGAACAAUCCGGGUCUUUGUUUAAAUCUGGACGGCUGCAGUUUAAGAACUCAGAAUUUGCGAAAGAUUUCAUCGCAGCAUCUUGCUCUGAUCGUAUGUUUGGGCGUAAUAAUAUCCAUAUUCUUUGUAGUAUCUGCUCUGUACAUAAUCAAAAUCUAUACAAAAACUGGAAUCAAAGCAGAUGUUGAAUGGAAAUUUACAUCAUUUCAGAGGCUGAAUUUCUCGGAGGGUAAUCUUUUAUCUGGGCUGUCGGAGAACAACGUGAUCGGCAGCGGUGGAUCCGGGAAAGUUUACCGGAUUCCAGUUAAUAAUCUGGGCGAUAUGGUGGCCGUGAAGAGAAUAUGGAACAGCAGAAAGUCAGACCACAAGCUUGAGAAAGAAUUCAUGGCGGAAGUUGAGAUUCUCAGUUUGAUUCGACAUAACAAUAUAAUCAAACUCCUCUGCUGCGUUUCCUGUGAAAGUACACGACUGCUCGUUUACGAGUACAUGGAGAAGCAAAGCCUGGACAAAUGGCUACACAAUAAGAACUCACUGCCAAGAAUUGCAGGGUCGGACGCUGUUCACGGUGUCGCCCUCAAUUGGCCGAUGAGAUUUCAAAUUGCAGUGGGGGUAGCACAGGGCCUCUGUUAUAUGCACCAUGAAUGCUCCCCGCCGGUAAUUCACAGAGACUUGAAGUCCAGCAAUAUCUUACUAGAUUCAGACUUCAAUGCCAAAAUAGCAGACUUUGGCUUAGCCAAGAUGCUGGUGAAGCAAGGGGAACCAGCUUCAGUCUCCGCUGUCGCGGGAUCCUUCGGAUACAUGGCUCCAGAGUAUGCCCAGAUACCAAGAAUUAACGAGAAGAUCGAUGUGUUUAGCUUUGGAGUUAUACUUCUAGAGUUGGUGACCGGAAAGGAAGCUCUUACCGGCAAUGAAGACUCGUCUCUGGCUAUGUGGGCUUGGGAGUUCAUUAAACAAGGCAAGGCAAUAGUCGAAGCAUUGGAUGAGGAUGUGAAGGAGACACAUUAUCUUGAUGAAAUGUGCAGUGUGUUCAAACUGGGACUGAUCUGCACUUCCAGUGCGCCAACCAGCCGGCCGAGCAUGAACCAGGCUCUGCAAAUCUUGGUCCGCAGCCGGACCAUGGCACCUCAAAACCAUGGAGAUCAAAAAGUAUAGAUUCAGCUGAGAGAUAUGACGAUUACUUGAAAGAUGUAACCGUCAAGGUUCUCUUCAGUGAUGGAGACUGGAGAGGACCCGGCACUUGAGCCACUGCUCCGAGCAGAAAUGGCUAUGGAGUUGACAGGUCGACACGGUUUGUUUGUAAACUUUGAAUAAUGAUCCCUGUCGUGUAUAUUUUAGCUGAACCACAAUGAUGAUAAAAGAGAAGUCGUUCAGCUAAAGCAGGGCCAAACGGUUUCGGCUUUCAGCGCGAAAGAACCGUUCUUCCAAGGAAAUGAGUAUUGAACACUGAUGAUGAGAUAAAAUGGAAACCAGAAAGAACAAU